AUGUUUUCGCUCCUGCUCGGCUUCUGGAACUACCUCUUCUCCAAGGCCGAGGUCCACAUCCUCAUCAUCGGUCUCGACUACGCAGGCAAGACGACACUCCUAGAGCAGCUCAAAGGCCGCUUUGGGAAGAAGCCGGGCAUCCCGCUCGACAAGAUCCCGCCCACGGUGGGCCUCAACAUCGCCAAGGUCGACAUUUCCCGCACCAAUGUCAUUUUUUGGGACUUGGGCGGCCAGGAACGAUUACGGGCCAUUUGGAGCAAGUACUACAGCGAGAGCCACGGUAUUGUCUUCGUCUUGGACGCAGCCGACGAAGCUCGCUUUGACGAAGCCCGGUCCGCACUCGACACGAUGCUCGCCAACGCCGAGCUCGACGGCAUCCCGAUUCUCUUGCUCGCCAAUAAGAACGAUCUUGCCGACGCCCAGGAUAUGGGCGUCAUCGCGGAGUGUCUCGGCGUCGCCUCGCUUCCAUCUCACCACGAGGCGCGCGCCCAAUCCAUCAGCGCGCUCUCCAUGGACGGUGUCGAAGACGCAGUCCACUGGCUCAUUGGUGCCGUCAAGAACAGCGACCGGUUCGUCGCCAAGCAAGCCAGAACGUAG